AUGGAAGAGUACAAGGAGGAAGUCACCAAGGUGGAGACUGUGGCCGCUCCGGUCCAGCAGCAAGUCAAUGGCGACAUCGACCUGUUCGAUGAGACGGGACAUAUCCGCCUCGUGCCCGUGCCUUCGGCAUCACCUCGCGACCCCCUGAACUGGAGCAAGUCGCGAAAGCUCCUGGUCGUCAUUGCUUGCUGCUGGUACUCCAUCAUGUCGCUGUCGCUCGUGGGCGCAACGGGUCCGAUGCUGCCCAUCUUCAUAGGCAUGUACGUUCCCGAGGGUGUCGAAGUGGCCACCGUCGCACGCUUCGCGACGUGGCCCUCGCUCUUUGUUGGUCUUGGCAACUUUGUCUUUUUGCCUCUGGCGCUUGCAUGCGGCCGCCGUUUUGCGUUUCUCAUUGCGGCCGCCAUGUGCUUGAUCGCGACGAUUGUCUGCGCCACGUCCAACAACUUUACGACCAACUUCACCGGCACGCUCUUCCAGGCUCUUGGCGCAGGCAUCACGGAGAGCCUGCUCCCUCUCAUCAUCACCGACGUGACGUUUGUCCACGAGCGCGGAAAGUACUUUGGCAUCUACUGGACCACUCAGUCCAUGUUGUCCUCGGUGCUCAACAUUGCCAGCACGUUCGAGGCAGAGCGUCUCAGUUGGCGCUGGUACUAUGGUAUCUACGCCAUUGCCGUCGGCAUUGGACUCAUCCUCGCCUUCUUCUGCUGCCCCGAGACGCGCUUCGCCCGCCCACCGGCAUCGUUCAACGGCCAGGUCCACGUGACGGACGAGUACGGAGAGCAGCGCGUCGUGUCCGGCGAGGAGGCGGCGGCAUACUCGUCGUACGCAGCGACAGACGUCGACAUGACCCCGCUCACGUACGGCGAGACGCUCAAGGUCUGGAACGGCGUUCCCAAGGGAGGCUGGAAGCUUGCCGGCAAGAGUUACAUCAGUAUGGCGCGCUGCCUCACCAGCCCCGGUCUUCUUUGGGCUGUCAUCUACACUGGCAUGGUUUUGGCCGUCUCGAUCGCCCUCGCCCUCACCUACGGGACCGUCCUCACCACCAAGCUUGGCUGGCCCGACGCCAACACGGGCCUCAUCACGGUCGGCGCCGUGCCCGGCGGUCUCGCUGCCAACUUUUACGCCGGCUACCUCAUGGACAAGCUCGCACUCCGGAGUGCGAGGAAGAACGGCGGCAAGCACAAGCCUGAAGCGCGUCUUCCCAUCAUCAUCGUCCCGACUCUCGUCGGCAUCACCGCUGCAACAGUCUAUGCCUUUGCCAUCCAGUACCCGGAGCGCUUCGGCUGGCCCACCAUUGUGGUCAUGUGGGGCUGCUACUUUUUCUGCUUUGUCUCGUCCCUCAUCGUCUCCACGACCUUUGCGGUCGAAGUCUGCCCGCAGGCGCCCGGCCCGGCGCUCGUCGUCGCUGUCGCGUUCAAGAACGUCGUGGCCUUUGGAAUGGCGUACGGCAUCAGCGACAUGAUCAACGACUAUCCCGCAAAGUCGUACCUGUCCAGCUAUGGUGUGCUCAUCGGCUGCCUCGGUGCCGCCAUGCUCCUUGCCAUUCCGGUAUACUUUUUCAACGGCAAGUGGCGCAAGUCGGGCGCUGGACACAUCCAGAACUAG